UUAGGUAGUGUUUUGUAUCGGAGUAAAGCUAUGCGUGAGAUGGACACACGGAGAUUUUAUGUGAAAUUUUAGGUCUUUUAGGCCGGUAAGUCCUCUGCCACAUCGUUUGCGAACUCCCCGGCCCCUUCGCUCCGCCGAGGAGGCUCCCUGUCGCCCUGUUUCCUCGCCAGGAACGGUGAUCGAGGCGUAGUUUAGUUUAGCUAUCAACCCCCAAACCUUGCCUAUGUCAAGUUCCAUUAAGUUGUGCAGAAGAGGAGACAUUUUUUUUCUUUAUUUCGGCCUCUGUCGUCUGUCGUCCUUCCAAUGGAGGCCUGCGGGGGAUGCCUAAUUGAUCGGGAUUUUACGCGGCUUUCGCUCUAGGAUGGCGUUCGUGCAUUGUCAGCAAGGGUGUGUAGAAGGUGCUAUGGAUCAGCGUCCCUGCACUCACCACCCUCCACAGCGUGCUGGUCCUCCAAAACAUGGUCCAUCUCCGUCUCAUCCACAAAAGAGAAAUUACAAGUUGCUUAUCGAUCCAGUACUUGUAAAUGGAGCUAGUAAACUGUAUAGAUUUGAGGGUGUUGUCGAAGGAGACCCAACUUAUCCUGCUGUUGUGUUGCGUGAUCCAAGAAAGCAAAAAAUAUGGAUCCGGCCAGAAACUAUGGACAUAUCUGUCCCGCGAUUCAAGAUCGACUCGGAUUAUGUAGGAUCACCACCACCGUUGGAGGUUACAAUAUUCAAUAUCAAUGACAACAUUGAUAAGCAGUUCCUCCAUAAUGAAAUUGUCAACAAGCAUCAGUGUGGGGCCAUUGAAGAGCUGGAGAUAUUCACCCAUGAUCUCUCUCGGAAGCAUUUGGGCGUGGCUAGGCUAGUGUUUGAAGAGCCAGAAUCUGCCAGAAUGUGUGUUAAAAAACUGAACAAUGCAACCCUUAUGGGGAAAGUGUUGCAGGUUUUCCUUGACCCUUUUGGAAAGGAAUGUAAGAAACGGGUCGCGGAAGUCGGGGAAAUGCUAGAGGAGGAGGCCAAGAGAGAAGAAGAAGCCAAAGAAGCUAGGAAGAGACCACCGCCCCCUGCCAAACCCCCUCCUCCUCCCCCGCCGGAAGAGGAAACCCAGCCUCAACCGAGCAGGGAAAGGGACAGGCGAACCACGGAAAAGAAUGAUUUUGAAAGAAACAGUAGGUACGAAGAGUCAAGAAAAACUAGCAGCAGUAGCAGCAGCAGUAGCAGUAGUGCAGUUUUUCAGCCACCUCCUUCGUCUGCAAAUGCAACCAUGCCCUCAUCGUUUUACCCAGAUCAACGUCAGCAGCCUUAUCAAUACCAGCAGCAGCAGCAGCAGCAAAACUUUCAGGGGUAUGAACAAUACCAUCACCAUUACCAAGGGUAUCCCUAUUCAGGGUUCAGAGGAGGAUACCAAGGUGUUGUAUCUGGUCACCCUUGGGGCACAAGUAGUGCUGCCUCUAGUAUGGCAACGCAGGGCUGGGCGUCCCACACCCAGCCUCACAUAGUGCCACCGUCAAACGACCAUCAUUCCUCAAACUCCCAUCAUUCCUGGGACCCCUCCAGGUUUCCCUCAAUGGAUUAUCAAAGAAGUACUCAGAACGAAAGUCCCUUUCAGAACAAGGUUCAUACCGAGUCUAGUGGCAAGUCUAAGUUAGAUGAGCGCUUAGAAAAAAUGGAGAUCGCGGUGAACAGUAAGCCAAAACCCGAGUCGGAAGAGGAGGAGGACAAGUCGAAUUUAGAUUUAGAUACGAGAAUUGCUAUGCUUCUCCAGAAUAAAGAUAGUGGUAUGGCACCUCCCUUUCUGGCAUUGGGUUUGGGCAGUGAUGAGGAUGAAGAUAAGAAGGACAUUGUAGUGCCGGAAGAAAAGAAAGUGAAAGACAAACAAAGUACUGCCUCAUCGUCGGGGAGUAGUGGGUCAGACUCGGACUCGUGCACGUCUUCGGAUUCAGGAAGUGAGAGUGAGGUUGGGGAGGGUUCCAAAGAGUCUAGUAGUAGUGAAGGAAAGUCAAAUUGGUCGUUACUCGAAACUAUUUUAGAACCGUUGUCAACACCUCCGUCGCCUUUUUUGUCGCAAGAAGUAUAUUUACAGUGGCAUGAAAAAAGUAUAGAGUUGAAAAAGGAAGCCCAAAGAAGGGAGAGGGAAGAAAAUAGGGAGAGACUAAAAAAGCUAAAGAAAAAGAAGGCGAAAAAAAGAACUAAAGACACAGAAAAGGAUAAAGAUAUGAAAUCGGAAGUGAAGGAAGAACCAGUGAAUGAAGAAAGUCAGGUGAAUGGAAUAGACGAUGAUAGAAUGAGUUUGUCAAGUUUAAGUUCCACGGAAGACCCUAUACUUCAUCGAGAUGUCCCCAUUCCCCCUGCAGGCUCUGGUGUGCCAGGUUCAGGAGCUGGAUAUGGGGCUCCUCCAGGGUACAACCAAUACGCGCCGCCUCCUACGUAUCCAUCAUAUUUGCCCGGUGGAUAUCCAAGUCACCCCAUGGCAACAGAAUCUGUUUAUUCUUGGCAGCAGCCACCUGGUUAUCCUCCAAACUUUGUAUCAGGCUAUCCUGGCUAUAACCCUGGUUACAUGGCACUCCCUGCAGGUUAUUCUAAUGUGACCCACCCACCUCCUGGUACUAACUUAGCAGGUCAGAACCCAUAUGCACCUUACUUUGGCCCUGGGUAUUCAGCAGUGCAAGAUCCCGGUAAUGCGACUCAUAAGAGUGGGCAGUAUCAUGAUCCUACUAUCAAUGCUGUUCUGGAUACUGUCAUUGAGGAGCUGAAAAAUAUUCUAAAGAAAGACUUUAACAAAAGAAUGAUCGAGGCAACGGCUUUUAAAACAUUUGAGUCUUGGUGGGAUGAGCAGGAGAGAAAGUUCAAGGCUCAGUGUGUCACAACCACGAGUGAUGAUGUUCCUGGCGGUCCUCUGUCGCGUAUUGACAAAAUCAAUAGUUUGUUAGAAAAUCAGGAAGGAUUUGGACUGGAUUCUCUCGGUUCGCUUGCCUCCUUUGGUCUUGGAUUUAGAGCCGCUAUGCCAAAAAUGCCAUCGUUUAGAAAGAUAAGAAAAAUCAAACCACCUUCGCCACCUUGUAUGGAUGAGGAUAGCCGAGGAGAUCACUCGGAAGAAGAAGAAGAAGGGACGAAGCCCGUACAAACUAAAACGGUUGAGUCUUCUGAUUCUGACUCUGGUCCAGAAGAUAUGGCACCGCCUAGGAAGAGCAAACCUUCUUCCACAGUCAAAAGAAAACCCAAAUGGUCAUCAGAUGAGUCUGGGGCAGGAAGUGAGCAUUCGUCUGAUGAAGAUGAGGAGAAAGAUGAAUCGUCAUCAUCUUCCUCAAGUUCCGAUUCUGAUGAGGCUGACUCUUCAACAUCGUCAUCUGAAGGCGAAGAAGAGGAAGACAUCCCUGAGGAGCUUAAGGAGUUACGGCGAAUGGAGGCAGAGUUUGAUGCCCACAUCAAGUCAACGUUGGCAUCUGCGAUGCGAACCCCAGAACGCGACCGUUCCCCUACACCGAUACCUGAACUUCCAGAGGAGAUGGCCGAGGCAUGGAUGGAUGACACACCGGUACCUGCAGCUCCCAGUGCACCCAAGACUAAGGAAUCAACGCCUCCAAAGAAGAAGUCUCCUACACCAACCAAGUCUAAAAAGACCCCUAAAAAGAAAGAUACCCCACCCACGAAAACACCCGUCAAGCCUCCAAUUGUCACCCCUACCCCUACUCCUAAAAAAGAGAAAGCCCAGAAGCCUAAAGAACCGAGAAAAGAUGUGGUCAAGGCCACUAUGGAAAAGCUACAACCACCAGUUGUGUCUCACAGCAUUGACUCUGAGACUGAUACAGCUGAUGAGAAGAGUGAUCUAGAGGAUGGUUUAGGAGAGAGUACAGAAGCAGCAGAAGCACUCAUGGCUCUUGCUGGUGCUGACGUGAACGGAAGGGCAAGAUCAACGUCAUCGUCAUCAACUACCUCAUCUUCUUCCUCGAGCUCUGCAUCAGGGUCUACGGGAGAGGAAAUUAGAUCCCCUGUCCUCAUGGAGCAUAGUUACUGCUUGCCAUGGGCUCCCAAGGAUGGACCAGCAUCAUUCCUUCCUCCAGAAGAAGCAUCGAAGAAGAGCAACAAAAUCAUUGUUGGUGGUUCAGACCACGAUUACACCAGAGCAAGAACACCGCCAAAGGAAGACAAGGCAAAAGCGGCUAAGAUUACCACCAAGGUUCCUACUCCCAAGCCCCGUGGCAAGGAGAAUCGAGCCCUCCAAAUCAAGAAAGAGAUGGAGGAUAAGAAAAAGUCAUUACCAACCAUCUCAGCGAAGCCCACUGCUCUGGCAUCCUUUAGACCACGUAAUCAAAUCGAAGAGUAUAAUGUCCUGUAUUCAUUUCUUAUCAAAGGCAUCGACUUGGAAGACAUUGAACUCCUCAAAAGAAGUUACGAAAGUAUGUUGGCGGAUGACACGCAGUCCUACUGGCUGAAUGACACCCAUUGGGUUGACCACCCUCCAACCGAUAUCCCUGCCCCACCAAAGAAAAAACGGAGAAUUGACGAUCCACCCAUCCACAAGUCCGGUUGUGCUAGGACAGAAGGGAUCUACAAAGUUGAUUCCAAACAAAAACAGAAACACAAAUUUACAUUCCACCAAGACAGUGCUGUUCGAGCAGCAGAAGAACCUCAGCAGCAGAGCUUGGCAGUCCUCGAAUCAAGCAAAGCUAAACUUACGCAGAUGGCUGUUAGCAGAGAAGUGCGCUCCUUCCAGAGAAGGCUGCUCACUGCCUUUGGCAAUGAGACAGAUUCAGAUUUGCUCAAGUUCAAUCAGCUCAAAUUCCGUAAAAAACUACUGCGAUUUGGCAAGUCCAGAAUCCAUGACUGGGGCUUGUUUGCAAUGGAAGCAAUUGGAUCUGAUGAAAUGGUCAUCGAAUACGUGGGCCAGAGUAUUCGUCCUAUUAUUGCGGAUCUCAGAGAAAUCCAGUAUGAAAAGAUUGGCAUUGGGUCUUCGUAUCUUUUCCGUAUUGACAUGGAUAGCAUUAUUGAUGCAACAAAAUGUGGUAAUCUUGCUCGUUUCAUCAAUCAUUCUUGCAAUCCAAACUGCUAUGCAAAGAUCAUCACUGUUGAAACUCAGAAGAAGAUAGUCAUCUACUCCAAACAGCCGAUUGCGUGUGGCGAAGAAAUUACUUACGAUUAUAAGUUCCCCAUCGAAGAAGAGAAGAUAGUAUGUUUGUGUGGAGCUGCGCAGUGCAAAGGCACGCUUAAUUAAGCAGUGAGGGUACUGUGGAGUUCAGGAACUGGAGAGCUGGAAGAAAAUUAUAUAACCCAAAAUAGUGAACUUCAGUUGGAGGUACAAGUAUCAUUUUGCUUUGUUUAUUGAUCUGCAGUGUGACAGCUGCACUGGUCAUUGAGCUGUUCUGUAUCACUAUUUGCGUCCUGUCAUUUAUCAGAUUAUUGUAGGAAUGCCUUUCGAUUAUUAGUUAUGUGGAAGGUAGUCUUGACAUGUUGGGCACAAGCAAAAGUUUGUAGUUUCCGAAGUAAUGAGAUUUCAGUACCUUGUGCUAUAUUUGCUAUUAUUUACCUUACGGACGUUACCUGCAACUGAGAGAAGUGUUGGAAAUAACGACGAUGAGUGAUGAUCCUUGCAGUACAAUUUUUAUUUUUUAUUUUUUUUUUUUUGGCUGAAGGACUUGUCUGUUGCUAUAUUAGACAGUACAAAUUCUUACUUGGAAAAUAUUUCAAGUAUGAACUGUCAUCUUCAUUUGAUGACUUUACUUCAUGACUACUUUUCUUGUAGGCAAUCCUGUCCAUGUACAUUGUCUGUUUGUAAAUGGAAUUCUCAGGUGAGGGUGAGCAUUCAGUUUUUCAUCGUGUAUUGAAUGACGUAAGGAUGUAAGCCAAGGUUUUUCUUAUAUUCUCUAUUUACAAUGUUGAGGGGAGACUUCAGUUGAUGUGUAGGUUUUUUAAUUAUUAUUUUGGAGAGCUACAGGAAAUGUUGAGGGAUUUAGACAGCCAUAAGUAAUUGGUUUGUGGUAGUGCUAUAAAUGUACACAUUUUCAGUUAUUACCACAGGAAGAAAAUUCCACUUUGCCGAUGGACUAACUGGUCAUGUACAAGCUUACAAGAGGUGAGCUUUGUCAGUCUUGAGUGAUCAUUUCAUUUCUGCCUAUGCUUUGCAUGUACUAAUCAAAAUAUUCACUCGUGUUGUUAUGAUCACGGUUUUUAUAAGAUAUGUGAGUCUUUUGCCCAAAGAAUAUGCAUGAAAUUUCAGUUGUUUUUAUUUUUUAUCUUUUUAGAUAUGUAAAUCUUUUAUAUAUCUAAAUGAGAAUAUUUUCAAACUUAUUUUUUUCUUGAAUGAUAUUUAAAGUUGGUAUUUAACUUUCCCAACUCAAAUUUCUCAAUAGUGUAUUUAGAAAAAUGCUGUGGGCUUUGUUUGUUGUUUGGGUAAUGAUAGGAGCAUUAUUUCCAUGUUCAGGAAUUUCACUUCUCUAACACAGUCAUUGAGAGAAAAAAAAGUUUAAACGUGGCGUUCCAAGAGCAGUAUGUUAAAUUUGUUGGUGUAGUCAUGCUGUAUAAUUUGACUGUUAUUCAAGCACUCUUAAGAAGUUUUUUUGAAAAAGAUUACUAUAUAGUUAGCCUUACCAUAGGAGGCAUACGCUGUACUCACAUUCUACCUAACAACUUAGAUUAGUGUGUUGUAUCUUAGGGAAACGUGUAUUUUUCCUGGUGGGGAUUUGCAACACUAUUUUAAAAGUGAUAUUUUAAUUCAGAAGCCUAUGUCUAGUUAAUUUAUUAAGCACAGAGAAAUAUAUAUUAUUUAAAAGUUUUUCAUGAAAACAGUGUGGAUGUGUAAAUUGAUUUUGAAAGAAAGCAGAAUGCAUUGUCUUACCAUCAUUGCAGCAAAAUCAAGUGUUGAACUGUCAUGAAUAAUUUACUUGAUAUAUUUUUUUUGAAGUAGGCACACCAUUUUAUGGCAGCUUUUAAAUUGUCACGUAAACCAGAACCAAGAUGUUCUCUGGCUAUUAUAUGAUCACCAUUGCUGUUAGUGUACUUUAUGUUUGCUAAUGUUAGAGAACAAGUGAAGUAUGGUAAUGUUAGAGCACAAGUGAAGUAAAAAACUAAUUUAAAAAGAAAUUAUUAAAAGUUAGGUGUAAAAGCCUUCAUAUUUUAUAAAGCCCUUAAAAAAGAUGUCAUUCAUUAUUUAAGUUUGAAGGGUGCUUAUGAAAGGAAAAUUUUAUCAUGUUCUGAUACCUCAUUGUCAUAUCUUUGUUUAGUGUUGGCAGAUCUGUUGAUUAGAUUUUGUGGUUUGGGUUAUAACUUGCGAGAAAGAGACCUAUAACACCUAGAAGAGAGCUGCACUUUUCUUUCUACAUGUGAGCAUUAAACCAGGUUUCUAACAUUUUUUCCACUUUAUUUUCAUGACUGUAUGUAUUUGAAAGGUCCUUUUUUGGAAAGUCCAUUUUUUUCUUGUAAUGUGAUGGAUGCUUUUUGUGUAAACUUUUUGUUCUGGCAGUUACCAUUGGGUCAUUUCAGAGAUUCCAUCACUGGCAUUCUAGCUAAUACAUAUUGCACUAUCAUGUUGAUAAGUUGAUGGUCCCUUGUAGGAAGAUUUGUUUGUGCUCUAGGUUUUUCUUCUCAUAAGACCGUUAAAUUAGUAAGUUAGUGUAACCAAGUUUUUUCCCUAAUAGCUAGGCUAUUGCACAAUUACUGGGGUUACAAGAACUCUUGUAAUUUUAUUCUUCUUUUUAUUUCUAAAGUUACCUGAGUAUGUAUUUUAGUUUUUUUGUUGUCUUUAUUCAAAUAUAUAUUUCUCUGUAAAGUUUGUCACCUUAUAAAGUUGAAAGCUUAAAAAUCUCCAGUUCUUCCAAGAAAAUCAUGAUAAUGAUUGCCCCUUUUUGUGUCACUCUACUACAGUAUAUCUCUCAAACUGCAGUGAUCAGGUCUAGUAUUCCACCAAUGAUAUUUUAUUUAAUUGGCAUUAUUUACACAGUUUAUAUAUGGUGUUAGGGAACUUCAUACAAGCUGGUGUAUACAAUGCUGUAACUUAAUUUUUUAAAUGCACUUUUGGAGUCCUGAAAUAGACAUUUGUUUGUAUGCCUGUAUUUAUGUGUGCGCAUGUUUUAAUUUUAUUUGUAUGACGUAACUCAUUCAUUGUAUUUUCUCAAAAUCAGUGGUAUUUUUGAAAGUUGCAAGUCAAACCCAAGUAAAAAAAAAAAAACCUACGAUACAAGAGUACAUAGUGGUAACUCAGUAGAGUUGUAUGAACUGUGGCAUUUACAGAAAAUGUACCAGUACACUUAUAUUUUAUGUGGACUUGAAAGCUUAACAAGACAGCCAAGUUGCAUAUAUUGACACGUAAGAGGAAUGCUUUUUUAAUAAGAAUGGGAAAUGGUGAAGAAAUUGAGCAGCUGAGUUGAAAAAUAUCAAUAAAUAAAAGGUGUUAGGCAGAAUGUAACAUUUGGGACCAAAGGGUUGUUGCCAAGAUUCUUAUGUACUCUCUUUUGUCCACUAGAAUAGAUUAUAUCCCAGAUUUGCAAGAGACUGAGUGAAGUUAUUACUCUGUAGUUUAUCCUUCCUGGAUGGGAGAAGGGUCAGACAUUGUCAUAUUCGUGUUGCUACCAAAAUGUGGGUUUGUUGGCAUUGCAGCCGCUCUUUGUCUUGCCACUGUAUGACUUUCAGAAACUGUAUGAUUGUCCCAGCGCAUUUUUAUUUUAUUUUCUUAGUAACCUUGUCUUGAGUGCUUAGAGAAUUUUAUUUUCAUGCCUUCAUUGUAUAUUUUUGGUAUGGACACUUAGGCUGCUGUUAUUUACCAAUAUGUACUGUAGUCCAGCAGUCUCUUUCCUGAAGGUCUUGGCCUUUUUUUACUUUUUCAUAAUAUACUACUGACUUCAAUACCAGCUUCACAAUCUAAUUUGUCUUAGAUAAGAAAGUUCUAUAUUUUUCAACCCCUUCACAUUGCUUUUUGCACUUUCAAAGGCUUUCAAUCCAUCCAUUUGGUCUCGCCUUGCACUGCCUGUCUUCAACUUGAGCAUCAUGAACGAUUAGCUGGCAUUCUGGCAUUCUGAAUUAAAAUCUUUGGCCAAGCCUUCUGAAAUUCUAGGAAUGAGACGAAGGUUUCAUUAAAUUAAUCUAUAAUAUAAAGUUACAGUUCUCUUGUAAGGCCUUUAUUCUCACACAUUUUUAUGCUCCUUUUCUUCACGAUAUGUACAGUGAAAAAUCUUUUAAUCCACUUUGUUUUCAGUUGUGAGGAUCUCAAUACACCAUCUGUUCCAUUCAGUACAUAGUAUUGCAUUCACAUCUGCUCCUUCCUUGCAGCAAUCACACUGCCAAAUUCCCAACUAAAUUUUUCAUGUUUGCUUUUCUGUCACCAAAUCUUGGUUUUGCCUACCCUUUUUAUUUUUCUCACUCUCUCCUUUUUCUCCAUUCUACUCUUGCAUUUUAACUAACCCUUCCUCAAAUUAUGUUAUUAAAUGUUGAUAGUAUAUGUUAUGUAUGAAAAGUCUGUGUGGUAUGGAAUAGCUUAAAAUUUUGGGUGUUACCAGAUUAUUGCAUGUUGAUAAAGUUGCAAUCUAUUUCCUUCCCAUAGUUUGGAAUAUUUUACAAUUUUUUGUUGUGUAUUAUCCUUUGAAUUUUGUCAUCAACUUUCUUGGUUAGUGUUGAUUCUAUGUGCUCAAGGCUGAGUGAGAGGGAUUUGCAUUUACAGUAGACAUACUACUUUAGCAGCUUUGGUCAUCAGAUGAGUAGUAAAUGAAGAAACACUAGAUGUCAGUGACACUCCAGGUGGUGUAGAAUGUUGCGCCUGCUAUUGUUUUUCUGUUCGAUUUAUGCCAGAUUUGUUUCACAUUGACCAAUACUAUCCUAGGUUUUUUUGACUGUCAAGGAAAUGAUUACUUCUCUUUGUAACUGCUGUGGUUUUGUGUGCAAGUGUUUUUAAAGUGUCCAUCCUUAUAUGAGUUGGUAUGAGAAGGAUUGAAUGAGAGCUCAAACUACUUAAUAAAUUGUGAAUGGUAAUUUGAUGAUGUAAACACAAACAUGGAAGGUGAAAAUGGGUAACUUAAGUGUGGGGAACAAAUAAAAAGAAAGUAGUAAGCAAGAAAAUUGUUAGAAUUGAGCCAUGUUAAUGUAAAUAUUUUUCAGCCAUAUGUAAAUAAAAAAAUUUAAAGGGCACAGAAUAUUUGAAAGAUGAACAUUUUACGAUUAAACCCAAAUGGAAUCAAGUUCUAUAACAACAAUGUAUUGUAGUAGAAAUGUUGUUUAGGAAGAACAAACACACAAAAGUAAAUGAAGUGGAGUGCAGUAAUAUAUAAAGCAUACAUUAUUUAAAAAUAUCUCACAGCUGCAGAGUUUUCUCAAGAGCAGUAAGAAAAAUAAUCCUAAUAUUUUUUGUGACAAAGUAACCAACAUUUUUUUAUUCUUCCAUAUUGAACUUUUUGUGUUCAUGUGUAACUUUUUGGAGAUGAAGGGAUUAGCUGUUGGGAUACAGCAUAUAUAAUUUCAUGGCAGUAUGUAAAUUACAGUUGCUUAUAUGUAGCACUUAUGAAAUAAAAAUUGUUCCAGUAUUGUUGGAUUACAUUCGUAAAUAUUUCUAAGAUCUAUCUUAGUUUGUUUCUGACAUUUGACUUAAAUUCCAGCAAGUGGUUGUUGAAAUGAUUCUGACUUAUAAUUACUAUAGACGGUAACUGUAUUGUGCAAUGCUGAAUGUUGUAAAAGAUCUUUCCAGGCUGUUACAGAAGUUUUCAGGAAAAUCAUAUUCACCCUGUAGCUGUGUGUAUCGUAUUCUUGUGCAAGUGAAUGAUAAAUAUGUACUAAAUAAGGAUAGAAUGAUGAUAAAUAUCUUCCAUCAAUAUUACAUAUUGGGAAAGUUAUUCAUUCGUGACUUAUGCAUUCUGUUUUCCACAUUGAUUUUUUUUCUCUCCUGUGUACCCCCAUGUACUCUAUAGAGACUUGACUGCUGAUGUACAGAGUAUACCUGAGAAACACAUUUGUUACUAAUGCUUGCUUGACGCAGGUAAUUACACUUAUAUAAAGGAUCCCAAAGCCUGAACAAGAUGCAAGUAAUGAUACAGUAGGCAGUUUUUGACUGUUGUUGUGUCACGAAAUUCUCCUUGUCUCCCAUUUACAUUUGACUAAAAUCAUCGUUUCAUCUCUUGCAAAUGUUUUGUAUAGGUAAAUGUAUAUACUACUCUAAUAACAAAUUGACAUUUUUAUGGACAUUUUUUAUUGCUAAGAAAAUGUUUACAAUGUAGAUGAUUCAUACGAGUGCCACAGAGUCUUUAAGUUAAUAGAUGACCUUUAUGUUCCUUGUAUCCACUGUUGUAUAUAGAUCAUUCUCUUUGACAUUUUGUUCGUCAAAGUUUAUUUCAAUAUUUUUGAUGCCUCAAUAAGCAUAUUUAUACAUAAAUGUAUAUAAUGUGUUCUUCAUACUGAAGAUUUUCCUACUGCAUUGGUCUCAAAUGUGAUAGUCUGUUCCAGAUUCUAUAGACUAAUGCUUUGUUCAUUAUUUUGGUUAUAACAUUAUUGAAAAUGUGUGUUAUUCAUCGUGGCAUUAAUGGGUGAUGCAGUAAGUGUACAUAACAAGACCUACUUUUAUAGGUGAAGUUUCCCAGCCCUAGGGGCUCUAAGCAAGCGAGUUACCUAGUCCCUCUUCCUAAUAAUAUCUGUAGUGGGUGACUGACUGGCAAGUCCUUUGCAGAAAGUAUUACUAAAAUAGAUUGUCAGAAGGGACUUCCACCACCACCCCAGAAAACUUUUAGUGCAUUGCUUCAGUACUAUGAGGGACUAGAAAAUAAAGAAUGGACAUCUUUUUUUUUUCUUUUUUUUUUCAUGGUUAGCUGUAAACUGUUCAUGAAGAGAAAUGUUUUAAAGGCUUUGUUUGAACGCAUGUAAUCCAUGUUUACAUGAGAAACUACCCGGUCAGGCAGUUUAUGGAAAUGCAGUUUGUGCAAAGAUUUUGAGAUAUAACCGUUACUUUGCCUCCUCCAGUCAUUCAGAUAUAGCGUAGGUGUAAUUGAAGUGAACCGUUCAGACAGAGUCUUGUGUUUUUCCCAGUGUUUUCCCAGCAGUACAAACUGCAUGUUUGGUAUGAAUAUUGUGAUCUGUUGUGGCACUCUCGUGACUUUUUAGAAAACUUCUUAUUUAUGAAUAAUAGAACACUUGAAACCAGGAGGUGUUAAAUUUUCUUUGUAAUGUAAUGUGUAUAUAUGUAAAUAGACUGUGUACUUUUGUA